AUGUCUCCCUCCCCAGACCCCAACCCAAGCCCAACUUUUCAACUCUUCACCUCCCUCCGCUACGAUCCCCUCCUCCUCCAAUCCCCACAAAACAUCGAAUCCUGGCCACUCCCCACACCCACCCCCUCCCCCUUCUACAUGCUCCCCUACCACCGCGACCGCCUCCUCCAAGCCGCAACCCACUUCUCCUUCCGCCCUGCCAUCCUCGCCAUCUCCGGAAAUUCCGGAUUCGAGAACCUCCUCUCCGUCCUCUCCUCCUCCAUUGACAUACAAUCUCCAACCCCGCUUCGCGUGCGCAUCGUCCUCGAUCACAAAGGAACCCUAAGCAUCGAAAGCAACCCCGUCCCCCCAGUCCCGCUAUCCAAUCUCUUCCCCACCCGUCUCCCACCUCCAUCCUCUAUCUCUCCUUCCCCCACUCCCUACAUCUCCCCCCUCACAGGCGGGGCUCUCACUCUCGGCCCUACCACCACCCUCCCCAGCGACCCUACCACCUCUUCCCCAUGGAUCAUCAUUCCCGACCCCUCCCCCACAAUCCCCACCCCCUACACUAGCUUCAAAACCACCUCGCGGUCCCAAUACGACACCGCGCGCUCGCGCGCCCACAUCCCCACCUUCACAUCACCCCAAGAAGUCCUCCUCAUUUCUUCUAAAGCGGAUGAGAUAAUGGAAGGUUCCCUCACAACUCCUUUCUUCUACCGAGAUGGAAAAUGGGUUACGCCGUCUGAGAAGAGCGGAGGUCAAAUUGGAACGACUAGACGAUGGGCAUUGGAGAAAGGAAUUUGCGAAGAAAGCACCAUCACCCUGGACUCCCUAACCGAAGGAGAAGAAUGUUGGAUCAGCAAUGGAGUACGAGGUUUUACAUGGGGGAAGAUCCAGCUUUCGCCUUAG